AGGAGGCGGUGUGUGUGAUUUCGGAAGUGAUUAGUUUGUAUGAAACCACGAGCCAAAGGCGUCCACAGCCACACGUCAGUAUUGAUCCGGACGGCGGGUCUGUGCAGCCGACAGUGUUUUGAUGACAUUCAUCAGCGCCAUUAGCUCAAGUUAAUCAGCCGGCUGGUUGUGAGGAAGCACGUCGCUAACAACGGGCCGCAUCAUCUGGGGACAAUGAAGAAGCUCGCGCUGCUGCUGAUUGUGUUGCUCGGCGUUGCACAUUUUGCAACUCUCAGCAGAUGUGAAGAUGAUGUUGCAGAGGAGAAGGAGGAAGUUGAGGAGGAGGACAGUGACGAUGAGGAGGAUGAGGAUGAUGAGGAUGAUGACACAGAGGUGAAAGAAGAGAACGGAGUGCUGAUUCUCACCAACGGCAACUACGACACCUUCAUGGAGGGCAAAGACACAGUUCUGGUUGAGUUUUACGCCCCAUGGUGCGGCCACUGCAAACAGUUUGCCCCAGAGUAUGAAAAAAUCGCUCAGACUCUUAAGGAGAAUGACCCUCCUGUACCCGUGGCCAAAGUAGAUGCAACAGUGGCUGACGAGUUGGCGAGCAGAUUUGAAGUGUCGGGCUACCCCACCAUCAAGAUUAUGAAAAACGGGGAAGCUGUGGACUAUGACGGAGAAAGGACAGAAAAGGCUAUUGUGGCGAGGGUGAAAGAGGUGGCUCAGCCAGACUGGAAGCCUCCUCCUGAGGCGACGCUGGUGCUGACCAAGGACAACUUUGAUGAGACGGUUAACAACGCAGACAUCAUCCUGGUGGAGUUCUACGCUCCAUGGUGCGGACACUGUAAGCGUUUGGCGCCAGAGUACGAGAAGGCAGCCAAGCAGCUGAGCCAGCGGUCUCCUCCCAUUCCUCUGGCCAAGGUGGACGCCACUGUCGAGAAUGAGGUCGCCUCACGAUUUGGAGUUACCGGCUAUCCCACCAUCAAGAUCUUCAGGAAAGGCAAAGUGUUCGACUACAACGGACCCAGAGAGCAGCACGGCAUCGUGGACUACAUGAGUGAGCAGGCAGGGCCUCCCUCCAAGCAGGUUCAGGCAGUAAAACAGGUGCAGGAGCUUCUCAAGGAUGGUGACGAUGCUGUCAUAGUGGGCGUGUUCUCCAGUGAAGAGGACGCAGCCUAUGAGAUCUACAUCGAGGCCUGUAAUGCACUGAGGGAAGACUUCUCCUUCCGUCACUCCUUCAGCGCUGAGGUGGCCAAACUUCUCAAAGCUUCGCCCGGUCAGAUUGUCAUCGUUCAGCCUGAGAAGUUCCACUCCAAGUACGAGCCAGCUUCACACACACUUGCAGUGAAGGACUCAACAGCAGUGUCAGAAGUGCAGGAGUUCUUCAAAAAGCACAUGAUCCCUCUGGUGGGCCACAGGAAACCAAGCAAUGAUGCCAAGCGCUACACCAAAAGACCCCUGGUGGUGGUGUACUAUGGAGUCGACUUCAGCUUUGACUACAGGAAAGCUACGCAGUUCUGGAGGUCCAAGGUGCUUGAGGUGGCCAAGGACUUCCCAGAGUACACAUUUGCCAUUGGUGAUGAGGAGGACUACUCAGACGAGCUGAAGAGCCUGGGCCUGAGCGAGAGCGGAGAGGAAGUGAAUGUGGGAAUCCUGGCAGAGGGAGGCAAAAAGUUUGCCAUGGAGCCGGAGGAGUUUGACUCUGAGGUGCUGAGAGACUUCGUUAUGGCUUUCAAGAAAGGAAAGCUUAAACCCAUCAUCAAAUCCCAGCCAGUGCCAAAGAACAACAAAGGACCAGUUAAGGUUGUGGUAGGAAAGACCUUUGACGAGAUCGUCAUGGAUACCCAGAAGGAUGUCCUGAUAGAGUUUUAUGCUCCCUGGUGCGGCCACUGUAAGAAACUGGAGCCUGAUUAUUUGGCUCUGGGCAAGAAGUACAAGGGAGAAAAGAACCUGGUGAUCGCUAAGAUGGAUGCCACAGCCAACGAUGUGCCAAACGAAAACUACAAAGCGGAGGGCUUCCCUACGAUAUACUUUGCCCCAAGCAACAGCAAGCAGAGCCCCAUCAAAUUUGAAGGUGGAGACAGAACAGUAGAGGCCUUCAGCAAGUUCUUGGAAACGCACGCCACAAAGCUAUCACAGAAGAGAGACGAACUCUGAAAAUGUGUCUCCAUAAAUAUCUAAGAACUCUACCCGUGCUCGGGCAGUGUCAGAGGACGCUGAAGAGGCCUCUGGGAAGGUGAAGGGAACGCAGUGGAAUUAAACGGUGUUACUGAGUUGCUGUGAUGAUUACAAUGUCCAAUCAUCUUUUUUUUAGUUCCUGUUCAUUCCAAGAGAUUGAGCUUUCUUCUGUUUUCUAAAAGCAUGUAAGCACUGUUGAAGAUUUCAGUCUUUUUAAAUAAAACUAAAAAUGAUGGUGGCUUUGUGGGCCAGGA